UCCCUCCCCACCUGAGACUCUGAUCUCAACCACCAAAAAUGGUGUUCAUCACAACCCCCAACCACCGCACUCUAACCCUGAAUCUCGACCCCAAAACCACCACCCUCCAAACCCUAAAGCUCCAAAUCCAGCAAACCUCCCACAUCCCCAUCUCCCAUCAGCGCCUCUUCCUCCCCCACUCCGACUCCACCCUCCUCUCCGACCUCGGCGUCUCCCCCCUCUCAACUCUCACCCUCCACAUCCCCCUCUUCGGCGGCACCCAGCCCCGCCUCGACUUCCUCAACUCCAAGCCCCCCGCCAACUAUGUCGCCGGCCUCGGCCGUGGCGCCACCGGCUUCACCACCCGGUCCGACAUCGGCCCCGCCCGCGCCGCUCCCGACUUGCCCGAUCGGUCCGCCACCACAAUCGGCGGGGCCGCCGGCGCGGCUCCUCCCGGGGCGGGGCGGGGCCGCGGGAAGCCGGAGGAGGAGGAGGAGGAGGAAGAAGACGGCGAGGAGAAGGGCUACGAUGAGAACCAGAAGUUCGACGAGUUUGAGGGAAACGACGUCGGUCUGUUCGCGUCGGCGGAGUACGACGACGAAGACAAGGAGGCCGACGCGGUGUGGGAGGCGAUCGAGCAGAGGAUGGACUCGAGGAGGAAGGACCGGAGGGAGGCGAGGCUGAAGCAGGAGAUUGAGAAGUACAGGGCUUCGAAUCCGAAGAUCACCGAGCAGUUUGCGACUCUGAAGAGGCAGCUCUACACUGUUUCGGCCGACGAGUGGGAUAAGAUACCGGACAUCGGCGAUUACUCGGCGAGGAAUAAGAAGAAGAAGUUUGAGAGCUACGUGCCGCCUCCGGAUACUCUUUUGGAGAAGGCUAGGCAGGAGCAGGAGCACAUUACUGCAUUGGACCCCAAGAGCAGGGCGGCCACCGGUACAGAGACGCCGUGGGCUCAGACGCCGGUGACGGAUUUGACUGCCGUAGGGGAUGGGAGGAGUACUGUGCUGUCUUUGAAGUUGGAUAGGCUUUCGGAUUCCGUUUCGGGGUUGACAGUUGUGGACCCUAAGGGGUAUCUCACUGAUCUUAAGAGUAUGAAGAUUACUAGUGACGCUGAGAUUUCGGAUAUAAAGAAGGCUAGGUUGUUGCUCAAGAGUGUGACGCAGACUAAUCCGAAGCAUCCGCCUGGUUGGAUUGCGGCGGCGAGGCUGGAGGAAGUGGCAGGGAAGAUACAGGCAGCGAGGCAGUUGAUACAGAGAGGGUGUGAGGAGUGUCCCAAGAGUGAGGAUGUGUGGUUGGAGGCAUGUAGGCUUGCCAGUCCUGAGGGAGCCAAGGCUGUGAUUGCUGCCGGAGUUAAGUCGAUACCCAAUUCAGUCAAGCUGUGGAUGCAGGCGGCGAAAUUGGAGCAUGAUGACUCCAAUAGGAGUAGGGUGUUGAGGAAAGGGUUGGAACACAUUCCUGAUUCUGUUAGGCUUUGGAAGGCAGUGGUGGAGCUAGCAAAUGAGGAGGACGCCAGACUUUUGCUUCAAAGGGCUGUGGAGUGUUGUCCUUUGCACAUUGAGUUGUGGCUUGCACUAGCGAGGUUGGAGACUUAUGACAAUGCCAAGAAGGUCCUGAACAAGGCCCGAGAGAAGCUUUCAAAGGAGCCUGCCAUUUGGAUCACUGCGGCCAAGUUAGAAGAAGCUAAUGGGAAUACAUCUACUGUUGGGAAGAUUAUUGAAAGGGGUAUUAGAGCUUUGCAAAGAGAGGGAUUGGUGAUUGAUAGAGAAGCAUGGAUGAAGGAGGCUGAAGCUGCUGAGCGUGCAGGCUCUGUGGCAACUUGCCAAGCCAUUAUUCAAAACACCAUUGGAAUUGGUGUGGAGGAAGAAGAUAGGAAGAGGACAUGGGUUGCUGAUGCAGAGGAGUGCAAGAAACGCGGAUCCAUUGAAACAGCCAGAGCUAUCUAUGCGCACGCACUUACUGUCUUUUUGACAAAGAAGAGCAUAUGGCUUAAAGCAGCACAGCUUGAAAAGAGCCAUGGAACUAGGGAAUCUCUUGAUGCUCUACUUCGUAAAGCAGUUCAAUACCGGCCACAGGCUGAAGUCUUGUGGCUUAUGGGUGCUAAGGAGAAGUGGCUUGCUGGGGACGUCCCUGCUGCACGUAUAAUCCUCCAAGAAGGCUAUAAUGCCAUUCCAAAUUCUGAAGAAAUCUGCCUUGCUGCUUUUAAGCUUGAAUUUGAGAAUCAUGAACCUGAGAGAGCUAAGUUGCUUCUUUCCAAAGCCCGAGAAAGGGGAGGGACGGAGAGAGUAUGGAUGAAAUCAGUAAUUGUUGAAAGAGAACUAGGGAACCUUGAUGAGGAGAGGAAGUUGCUUGCUGAAGGAUUAAAACGCUUCCCUUCAUUCUUUAAAUUGUGGUUGAUGCUUGGACAGCUAGAGGAACGGCUAAAUCAUUUGGAAAAAGCCAAGGAGGCUUAUGACUCGGGUUUGAAGCACUGCUCCAAUUCGAUACCACUCUGGCUUUCUCUUGCAAAUCUUGAAGAGAAGAUGAAUGGACUGAGUAAAGCUCGUGCAGUUCUUACGAUGGCCAGGAAGAAGAAUCCUCAAAACCCAGAACUGUGGCUUGCUGCUAUUCGAGCUGAAUUGAGGCAUGGUAAUAAGAGGGAAGCUGAUAUUUUGAUGGCAAAGGCCUUGCAGGAGUGUCCCAAUAGUGGUAUAUUGUGGGCCGCUUCUAUUGAGAUGGUACCCCGUCCCCAAAGGAAGACCAGAAGUAUGGAUGCUCUCAAGAAAUGUGAUCAUGAUCCUCAUGUCAUUGCUGCUGUGGCCAAGCUAUUCUGGCUCGACAGGAAAGUUGACAAAGCUAGGACUUGGCUCAACAGGGCAGUUACCCUUGCCCCUGAUAUUGGAGAUUUCUGGGCUCUAUACUAUAAAUUUGAACUUCAGAAUGGGACUGACGAGAAUCAGAAGGAUGUACUGAAAAGAUGCAUUGCUGCAGAACCAAAGCAUGGUGAAAAAUGGCAACCUAUUUCAAAGGCAGUGGAGAACUCUCACCAACCAACUGAAGCUAUUUUGAAGAAGGCAGUUGUUGCCCUUGGCAAGGAAGAAAGUGCAGCUGAAAAUAAUAGGCAGUAGGUCUGGCUUGUCUUUUCCAGGUUAGGUUUUAGUUUUUUAUGAGUUUGUAGCAAUGACAAAUGAACUUGGAGUUUACAUGAUAUCCUGCUAGAAAACGUUGCUUUAUAAUUACUCAUUAACUCUUUAAUUUACAUGAAUAAUAUAGUAUUUUCUUGCUUUCUUUUGA